GCCACGGGCAGCGGCAUGGCCCAGUUCGCUCCCAGUUCGCUCCCAGUUCGCUCCCAGUUCGGUCCCGGCUCCCACCGGAAGCCGCCGCCGGCCUCGCGCCGCUCACGUGACGGCACCGCCCCUUUGCCCAGCCCCCGUUUCCCCGGUAACCGCCCGGGCCUUUCCGCCGCCCACGUGAUCCCACCCGACCAAUCGGCCGCCGGGCCGGCUCGGGCGCUCAGCCAGUCAGAGCGCGCAGCCAGCACGGGCGCCGCCAUGUUGGGGGGGGCGUCCUCCCCGCGCUUUUUUUGGGGGGUCCCGUUCAAGAUGGCGGCCUCGGGGACCCCGCCCCCCCCACACGUCACUGGGACUCCAGGGACAGCGGGGACACAACGGGAGCACCGCCCCUUUAUUAAAGCUGCGCUCCGGGGGUCAAAGGUCACCGGGCACAGCUCCCCCAUGGCCGCCCUGCUGCGCUGCCCCGUCCUGGCCCGGAACCCGCGGCUGCUGCGAGCGCUGGGCACGGCCCCGGCCCGCCCGCACCUCGGUACCGCCCCGCCCCGUUCCCCCCGCCCAGAGGACGCUUUCCCAUACGAGGCGGUUUUGGGGGGUCUCUGUAGGAUUUCGGGCUCGGGGCAGUUUUGGGGUAUCUGGAGGGUUUUGGAAUGCAGUUUUAGGGUCGGGGUUUUUUUGGGGUGCAGUUUCGAUCUCGGGGCAGUUUCGGGGUGCGGUUUCGGGCUCGGGGCAGUUUCGGGGUGCGGUUUUGGGGUUAUGAUGAUUUCGGGGCUCCCCCCUGACCCCUGUGCCCCCCCAGAGGACGCUUUCCCGUACGAGGCGGUUUUGGGGGCGCGCCUGGCGGGGCUGCGCCGCUCCCACACCUACCGCGAGUUCACGGCGCUGGCGCGGCGCGCGCGGGACCCCCCGAGCGCCCUCCUGGGGACCCCCCCCCGCCUGGUGCAGCUCUGGUGCUCCAACGAUUACCUGGGCAUGAGCCGGCACCCCGAGGUGCUGCGGGCCGCCAGGGCGGCUCUGGCGGCUCACGGGCUGGGCGCGGGCGGCACCCGGAACAUCGCGGGCACGGCGCCGCUGCACGGGGCGCUGGAGCGCGCCCUGGCCCGGCUGCACCGCCAGCCCCGCGCCUGCCUCUUCUCCUCGUGCUUCGCCGCCAACGACACCGCGCUGGCCACGCUGGCACGGCUGCUGCCAGGCUGCCAGUUCUUCUCGGACGCGGGGAACCACGCCUCGAUGGUGCAGGGCAUCCUGCGCAGCGGCGCCCCCAAAUUCGUCUUCCGCCACAACGACCCCCAGCACCUGGACGAGCUCUUGGGGCGCAGCCCCCCCGGGGUCCCCAAAAUCGUCGCCUUCGAGUCCGUCCACUCCAUGGAUGGCUCCAUCGCGCCGCUGGCCGAGCUGUGUGACGUGGCGCACGCCCACGGCGCGCUGACCUUCGUGGACGAGGUUCACGCCGUGGGGCUCUACGGGCCCCGGGGCGGCGGCAUCGCCGAGAGGGACGGGGUCUGCGGCAAGGUGGACGUGGUGUCCGGGACCCUCGGGAAGGCGCUGGGGGCCGUGGGGGGCUACAUCGCGGGGGGCUCCGCCCUGGUGGACGCCGUGCGCUCCUUCGGCCCCGGCUUCAUCUUCACCACGGCGCUGCCCCCCGCGGUGGUCGGGGGGGCCCUGGCGGCCCUGAGGGUCUUGGGGGGCCCCGAGGGGGGCGCCCUGCGCCGCUCGCACCAGCGCAACGCCAAGCACCUGCGGGUGCUGCUGCGCGACCGCGGCGUGCCCGCGCUGCCCGCGCCCAGCCACAUCGUGC